AUGGAUAACAAGGAAUCUAACGGAGAGCAGAUCGAUGAGGCCGAUCAGUCCGGUCAAAGUCUUGAUGGGAUAACAGACAACAAGCAAGGAGAAAGUCUUAUCAACGUAACCCCACCAAAAACACCACCAAGUCGCACUCAUUCUCUUAAAAGUGGAGGAAAGGGUCGAAAACCGCCGAAAAUCCCAAUAUCACAUCAAAAUGGUAAGCUCCCAAAGGACCCGGGCGUUACAGAAGAUGGAGACGAAGAUUCGGGUGAUAGUUUAUCAAAGCUACAGCACACAUACACAGAUGAGAAACAGGAUCUUCUGACUUAUCUUGACCGACACGGCAUCAACAGUCCAGUCAAGCAGACACCCGAUGAAAUCGGUGGGACUACCAGUGCUUUGGAUAUUCUUGGGAUUAUUGAAGAAAGGGACACUGGUGCAAAAGGCGCCAACCAGACAGCCUCCCCCAUGCAGGCCAAACCAGUAGGCUUCCUGCAGAGGCAGCUAUGGACUGUUCUCCAGCCUUCAGAUAACAGACUCUCCAUGAAACUUUUCGGAAGCAAGAAAGGGUUACAAAAUGAAAAAUUUCGUUUGAGGAAGGCGGGGGUGCUUAUAAUUCAUCCAUGUUCUCACUUUCGUUCUCAAUUCAUUGCCGCUGGAAUUCGGCCGGAGGAACGGGUGCCUCCGAACGUGGCAAAUUUCUCUGAAGGAAAGUUCAGAGCACCUGAGAAUCUGCAAGAUGCCCUCAGCCCCAUCACCAUGAAGAAGAUGAUGAUGAUGACGAUGGUGGUGGAUGUAUUUUAUUGGGAUCUUCUAAUGCUGUGCCUGAUCAUGGCUAAUGUCAUCCUCCUACCGGUCGUUAUAACUUUCUUCCACAACAAGGAUAUGAGUAUGGGUUGGAUCAUCUUUAACUGCUUCUCAGAUACAUUCUUCAUCCUCGAUCUCAUCUGUAACUUUCGGACCGGCAUCAUGAAUCCGAAGUCGGCCGAACAGGUGAUCCUAAACCCCCGUCAAAUAGCCUAUCACUAUCUCCGUUCAUGGUUCAUCAUUGAUCUCGUGUCUUCCAUUCCAAUGGAUUACAUCUUCCUCCUGGCUGGCGGUCAGAACCGCCAUUUCCUCGAGGUGUCCAGGGCCCUCAAGAUACUGCGCUUUGCCAAGCUCCUCAGCCUUCUCCGACUCCUGCGCCUCUCCAGACUCAUGCGGUUCGUCAGUCAGUGGGAACAGGCCUUCAACGUAGCCAAUGCGGUGAUCCGAAUCUGCAAUCUAGUUUGCAUGAUGCUGCUGAUUGGCCAUUGGAAUGGGUGCCUUCAGUAUCUUGUGCCCAUGCUACAAGACUAUCCUGACCAAUCAUGGGUCGCCAUUAAUGGGCUCGAGCAUGCACAUUGGUGGGAGCAGUAUACGUGGGCUCUCUUCAAGGCGCUGUCGCAUAUGCUGUGUAUUGGGUAUGGUAAGUUCCCGCCCCAGAGCAUCACAGAUGUGUGGUUGACCAUCGUCAGUAUGGUUUCCGGUGCCACCUGCUUCGCCCUCUUCAUCGGCCACGCUACCAACCUCAUCCAAUCCAUGGACUCAUCAAGUAGACAGUACCGCGAAAAGUUAAAACAAGUUGAAGAAUACAUGCAAUAUCGCAAGCUACCGUCCCAUCUACGAAACAAGAUUCUUGAUUAUUACGAGUACAGAUACAGAGGGAAGAUGUUCGAUGAGAAACACAUCUUUCGAGAAGUUUCAGAGAGUAUACGACAGGAUGUUGCAAACUAUAAUUGUCGCGACCUGGUCGCUUCCGUCCCAUUCUUCGUCGGUGCCGAUGCCAACUUCGUCACUCGCGUGGUCACAUUACUAGAAUUCGAGGUCUUCCAGCCCAGCGACACCGUCAUUCAGGAGGGUACGUUCGGUGAUCGUAUGUUCUUCAUCCAGCAAGGCAUCGUCGAUAUCAUCAUGUCUGAUGGCGUCAUCGCGACGUCGCUCAGCGAUGGCUCGUUUUUCGGCGAAAUCUGCCUCCUGACCCGCGAGCGCCGCGUGGCCUCGGUGAAGUGCGAGACCUACUGCUCACUCUUCUCGCUCUCCGUCCAGCAUUUCAACCACGUGCUCGAAGAGUUUCCCGCCAUGAGGAAGACGAUGGAGGAAAUAGCCGUUCGUCGUCUGACGCGCAUUGGCAAGGAAUCGAGCAUGCUGAAAUCGCACCUACAGAGCCCCACCAUCCGGGAUACCGCCCCUCUCUUUCCACUUCCUCCCGAGACGCCGUCAUUUGUCACUGACAUGCAAAGGAAUCGAUUCUUCAACGAUGACGACGACGACGACGCACCGAACAGGACCCGCGCCGACGUCGAACAUGGUUCACAUGAGAACGUCAUCGCCAUCAUGGACGGGAGUCUCUCUGACCUUCGGGUGGAGAACGAAAUCCACCCCAGUAGAUCGACGAUCAGCGGAAAAAGGAGGAAAUUUCAGCAACACACAACCGAACUUUGAAACUAACAAAAUGCGGCGAUUCCGGAGAUUUGAUAAUUACGCAAAGCAGACUUUUGUUUUUUUAC